AUGGCUGGUGAGAAUGUAGCCAGGCCCAGUGUGAGGUCGCACGCUCUUUGGGUUAGCCGGCGUGUUGACAGACCCCGUACGUGGCCGGGUGCGUCCCGACGUAUGAGUGGGAGUUAUGGUUGUGUGAGGGCUGGUGAGAAUGUAGCCAGGCCCAGUGUGAGGUCGCACGCGUCUUUGGGUUAG